AUGCUGGCCCAGUCUCCCCACCCAAAGUAUGCGCCGCACCCAGGCGAGUUGUCGGGCGAGACAUGGCCCAUGUCCAUGGCCGACAUGACCGAGGAGCUCCUCCGCACCCGCAACCACAGCAGUCGCCACCACUCGCUCAUUCAUUCGAGCGCGUACGACAACCGCGCCGAGGCGGCUGCGGGCGCGGCAGCCCUCGUGGGCUCGACACGCGUCGGUGCCUCGCCUUACGCUGCUGCUGCCGCGCCCGCACCAGCACCCAUGGUGCAGUCGCUCGAGCGCGGGCCCCCGGCCCCGGCGAUGGCAUCCCCGCCUCUCGGCGUCGUCAAUCACAUGCAGGCCAGUAGACAGUUCCCCCCGGUCCAGCGCACCUCCCAGCUCCCCCCUCCCAUCCGCCUACCAGCCAGCCCCUUCCUCGCCGAUGACUACGUGCUCCCGCGCGUCGUCUUGACCCCACCACCUGACGACGCAGACGCACCCGUCACGCUGUACCCCCGCACAUCCCCUUCUCCUGAUGACUACCCUCAUCGCGGCAUGUCGAUGCCUGUUCACGUAAUGAACACCUCGGCUCCGUCACCGCCCCGCUCAGCGUCGCUCCCGACCAUCCCCAACGACGCCGCGCCCCAAAUCGCGCAGCAGCAACGGGUCUCGGUUGGACCCACCGCACAAGCACAAGCUGGAGGAGUGCCGGUGGUCGGUUUCCAAAAGCCAACGCCGCCGUUCGGGCGCAAGCACAGGUCCUCUGUCGCGGCGGUUGUCAUGCCCAAGAAACCCGAGCAGGUAAUCAACGACUUAGAGCGCAAGAGUGGCGCUCAUUUCGACGCCGAGUGGAACGAGCUCGUUGAGGAGCUGCCGUCUCCAGCCACGGGACAGGCAAACGGUCGCGGCAAUGUGCCCGCAGUCGACAAGCCCAAGAUGGGCUCUUCCCUGCCCUUCCCCACCCGCCCAGCACCGCCACCGCCGUCACAGGCAUUCCCCCAAGACCCGCGCAUACAGCCAUCACAGCAGCAGCAGCGGUCUGCCCCUGGCGCUCGCGGUGUGCCGGAGCCCAUGCGGCCCGAGACGCCUCAAGCACUGAAGUCUCUAAAGUUCCAAAAGGGCAAGAUGGCAAAGGAGCCGGUCACGCCCACAGAACCGACGUUCAAGCCCAAGGCCCAGCGACGCCGAUCUCUUUCCCUCUCGGCGAUGUUCUCGAAAAAGAAGAAGCCCAACUUUGACGACCUCCCGCCGAUGCCCCAGACCCCCAAGACACCAAAGACACCAAAGACCCCAACCCGUCCCGAGAUUCCUCAGCUCCCCGAAACACCCAAAUCGACCACUUCGGAGAAGCGCAAGACACUCCUUAAGCGGGCGUCGAUCAAGGAGCUCUUCAGCAGCUCGAAGAGCGCUGAGCUCAAGGCUCUCCGCAAGUCGCAGAGCAAGCCCGAGCUGCACGCUGGGAACCGUCUCGUAACACAGGACGCGCCUCCCGUGCCUGCUCUUCCCUCAAUGUCGAGUUCCACAGCGUUGCAAGAACACAAACAGGUUGUGCCUGACGCACUCGCGGCUCUCACUGCCAACUCGAACGCCCAGCCCUCCGAGCCAGCGGUCGAGAUGGUGCCUGACGUCUUUGCCGCGUUCAACUCGAGCCAGACCAGCUUGCAGCAGCGUGGCGUCAGCGCCCAGCUCAAGGGUAUCAGUGCCCCGGCCAACCCGCCCCGCGCUGAGUCGCCCUUUGCCAACUUUGAGCACUCGACCGAGUUCGCGGCCAGCCAGCAGCGCAUGCAGCAGACGAAUGGCAGCCAGGCCAGUCUCACUCGCCGCGCUCCCGAGGCCCAGCGUGUCCCGUCGUCUCUGGCACAAGCGCUACCGAAGCCUGUGGAGAAGGAGGAGGGAACCAAGACUCCAAAGCGGACGCGCACGCUGUCGCAGCGCCUGUCCAUCAGUGCGCUCUUCUCAAAGAAGAAUAAGGACACUGAGCCUGUCCCCGAUAUGCCGUCCGUUCCGUCGUCGUAUCAGCGCGCAGCCCCGCAGACGCCCACUCGCCAGCAGGUGCCGCCCCAGCCGAAUGGCGUUACCAAGUCUGCCUCGACGCAGGAGCUCCCGGCUGUUCCUGCGUUCUCCCCAAUGAUGAAGGGUCUCAACGAGACUCCUCGUCCUGUCAGUGCCAAGCCGCCCCCCCGUCCUCCGACGACCGCUCGUGUCCCAGUGCCGCGCAUGACGAAUGGUGCUGAGGCUCCCGAUACCGAACAGCCUGUACCUGCGCCUCCUGCUGCGCCGGAGAAGCCGUCCUCGACCGUCAAAAAGUAUCCAGACUCGAGCAUCUCGAAGCAGGCUCCCAAGCAGGCGCCUCUGCCUCAAGCUAUUGCCACUGCCGGGGCCAAGCUCCGCGGCGAGUCGGCGCCAGUCACCGUUGCUCCUCCCUUCCUGGACGGCGCGAAGACCGAGGACGACGUCAAGCGCCAGUCGCGCCGUGAGCAGUCGGUGGUACCCGCCUCAUCGACAGAGUACCUCCGGCAGCAGCAUGUCGCGAUCGCCUCGCACCAGCAGGCACAGCAGGCGCUGGUACAGCAGUUUCGUUCUGCUUCAGAGCCAAUUGCGGCGGGCCCGCCCCGCUCGGCGUCUGAGCAGUCAUUCCAGCGCGCCUCCAACCCGUUCGCGGAGCAGGCACCGUCAGCCGAAGUUAUCCAACAGGCAGCAGCGCUUGUGCGCAAGCCUGCGCCGAUGCAGGUCGUGCAGAAGGCGGAGGCCGAAUACCUCAACCAGCGUAAGGACAAGGAGCAUGCCGACAAGAUUGAGAAGCUCGACGAGAAGCCGCUUCCGGCCUCGUGGACGACGUUUGACAGCGAGCCUAAGCCCCACACCACCCUGCCGCUCAAGAUCACCAAGAAGAGCAGCCUCAGUGCCGGAUCCAAGGACAAGGGCAGGGACAAGGAGACAGCGCCGCUCCGUAUCAAUAAGGAGCCGUCAGUUCCUGUACCCGUAGUCGCCGCUCUGGCUGGCGCUGCCGCUGCUGGCACCGCUGUUGCCGUGGCCACCGAAAGCUCCAAGACUGGGUCUCCGGGCAAGCCUUCGUCGCCCGAGUACAAGGAGAACACUUCGUUCUCGUUCCCGCCCAAGCCCAAGGACGCUCCGCCGGCGCUAUUCCAACCCGCGCAAAAGAUUCGUCGCGUGUCUGUGCCACCUCUGCAUCCCGACUCUCUCAAUUCGCCCCACUCGGCGAUCCCCGUGCCCGUCCCGGAGGCCGGAAGUCCAUUCUCGGUCGCUACUCGGGCACCGCACAGGCUGACUCCUGACCUGGCGGCGGCCAACACCAAGCUCCUGACUGACCUGGGGACCGCGCCGGUCAUCAACAUCAUAACGGCGACGCCGGCGCGCUCGCAUGAGGGCGGCGAGUCGUUCGACGUGGCUGCGGAGCCAGAGGCAGACGUCGUGUCGCCCGUACUGAGCGAGACUUCGCCCGCGGUCGUCACCACCGCUGUCCGCACGUCCAUCGCCCAGACGACGUUACCCGUCCUCACCUCGACCGCCAACAUGACACAGGUUAAUGAAGUGGACGAGCCCGCUCAGCCCGGCUCGCCUUCAGACUCGGAGUUCACGCUCCCGACCCUCGAGUCACACUCCAGUCUCGCGAGUGAACAGGCGACGCCGACGGGCGAGUCAUUCGGAGACAGCGCCACGCCCACCAAGUCGUCGGGUAUGCCGGCGAUGCUUGUUGCUGGCGCAUCUGCCCUGGCUGCAGCUGCUACUGCCGCAGCCACGUCUAUUUCCAGCAGGCCCAAGCCCAAGCAGGCCGAAUCUGCGGAGACUGAGGAGCUCUUGGAGCCGAAGGAGCCCAAGUUGCCCGGGUCCGACAUCGAUGCGGCCUCCAUCGAGCCAGGCCUCGCGUACCUCGACGGCAGCUCGGUGGACACGCACGAGUCUGUCCAGACGCCCUCCAUCCAGCCGAACGCUGGCUUCCUCUCGCUUCGCCCUGUGACCGAUGAGGAUGACCCGGCCGCUAACGCUACUCAUAAGGAGCCCCUCGACACCCCAGUCGCUGAGACCGAGGGCGACGAGGCUACCCGAAUUGCCACGACCAAGGAGACGCCUUUCGUAGAGAAGAUCGAGGGCCACAAGGCACUCGUCGAGGAACCGGUCGACGUGGACGAGGACGAGGGCGUGGACAAGGACGAGGACGUACAACCAACCCAUUUGGUCGUCGAGGACCGUCCGCGUCCGCGCAGCGAAUCGGUACCGCCCACCAGCAGCCAAGAGACCCUGCCUGUUGGCCACUCGAUGUUGUCGCUGCCCACGCGCCUCGGCGUCUCGCCGGUCGCGGAGGGCAUCCAACCCCGCCCGGCGCAGCGCUCGUUGAUUUAUUCCAUGGCCGCUUCGGCCGCCUCUGCCGUCUCGUCGGCUGUGAGUUCAGCAUUCGCGGAGGCUUCCGAGACGCUCGACGAGAUCGACGAGAAGAUCGAGAAGACUGUCAAGUCCGCCUCGCCCAACCUCGGCGGCGUCGCCGGGCUCCCUGUCACGAGUGCAACCCCAGCGUGCAACGCCAACGCAACUGUCGUGCAGACAGGUCUCGAGUCGGGUCAGGGUUCCGUCUUCUCGGGCCGUCGGCGUGGCUCGUCGUCAGACGAUGGUGCGUCGAUCUACACAACCCCCUUGGGCGACAUGGGCAGCGAGUACUUUGACUCGCCCUCUGCGUCGACCACCAGCUUCGAGACGGCAUCGUCCAACGCGACCGUCUCGCCUGAUGACCACGCCUCCCUGCCCAGUUACUCGAACAGUGCGCAACCCCCUAGUGUCGCCUUGUUCCAAGUGCCGCAACCCGCGUUCACCCAUCCCGUCACUCAACGACGGGGCUCCAUGCCCGUCGCGUUAGCUGCCAGCGCUGCACGCAAGCGCAACGUCUCCUCCCCCGCGUUCGGUUCCACAGAGCUCCCGUCGACCGCCAUGCCGUCAGCCCUGGGCAUCACAUGCCAGGCCCAGCGCUCAGCAACCAUGCCCGUCUCCUCUACCGAGUUCACCGAGCUCACUCCGCCCCCGCUUCCCCCCUCGGCGGACGGCCACUCGGAGGAGUCUAGCACCUUCCACCUCGACACGGAAACGAUAACUGACUCGCCCACCGAGGACUUUGCCGCUCUCCCCGACUCGCCGACUCGCCAGCGCUCCCAGCACUCGCGCAUGCGCGACGCAAGCAGCAUGUACGUUGUCCCCUUCAGCCCCGAGAUGGAGGAGCAGGAGGGCCGCUCCGAGACGCGCACCCAGACGAGCUCGAACUACGUCCCUGCAGCCGGCGUGCGCGAGCACGUGCGCCGCACCUCGGGCGGUAUCCGCAACAUGUUCGCUGCGGCGGGGUUUGGUCGCAGUGAGCGCGACGAGGCCCCGCAGCGCACUGUCCUCUCGGGGCAGGCGCAACCCGUUGUACCGGAGACGCGCAGCAGCGUCGCGGUCGACUAUUCGUCGCCGGCUGGGAGCAACCCCACUUCGGCGGCUCCGGUGGGCCUGGGGAUGUGGACCGCCGUCGAGAUCGAGGAACUCGGGCCUUUUCGUCGCAUAGCUGAAGCCGACACAAGUUUUGAGGAGAGCUGGUCCUCCGGUAGCGAUGACCAUGAGUCGCCUCGCACUCCGCGCACUCCCGAGCUCGAAGCGCUCGUCACGCCUAGAGCCCUUCCGGGCCCGGGCACGCCGAGCCCAGCAGACAAUGGCCCCAAGCGCACGGGCGCGCCGUUCCGCCCGUUGCACGUCGACAUGGCCGCCGAGGCCUAA